AUGAAAGCUUUUAACCCCUAAAGAUUCUUUGCAAUAAGAAGUAAAUUCAAGAGUUUAGAUAAGAAAUGCUAGUCGAUCCCCAUCGUUCACAAAUUUAUUCAAGAUGAGUUUCUUAGUAACUUUUACAAACUACAAGACUAGAUUAAAUACUCAGGUACUCCUUUCGCCCUCAAGCUAUUAAGAGUCACAGAUAGAGUUGCUGGUAAAAAAAGUAAGAUUAGCAAGGAUGCUACGACCAGCAUACAAUUAGAUAUUAAGAACUUAAUUGAAAGAGUAAAUCUUAAGAUAAUUGAAGAGAUAGAUGAUAUAGGAAAAGUCAGUAACGAUACACUUAUGCAAAUCGUAUACAUAUAUGAUGAAUUCGGUAAUACAUCUGACCUUACAACACGAGCAAUAAAAGAAACUUAUUAGGAGAUUAUAAAUAGAGGUCAUACAUUGACUUAUCAUUAAAUUGAAGAAAUGGAAAAUGUGUUCAAUAGAAUGACUGCAUUCAAGGGUAUUGACUUUAAUCCGAGGGACUAUUCUUUAAUUAUUGAGAGUAUGAGCAGAGAAUAAAUGGACUCAGUACUUUUGUGUCUUCCUCCAAGAACUAAAGAUUUGCUUGAGACUAGUAAUGAUGCUGACCAUGAAAUCGUUUAAUAUCUUAAGUACUAGCAUUAAUAUAAGCUGUAAGAGGCUGAGAGAAUUUUGUAUUAAAAAGUGAAUAAGUUGAGGAGAGCUAAUGCAUCUCUAAGUAUUUUAUAUCACAAGACUAGUGAUUCAACUGUAGAAGUAAACUCUAAGUAUGGCCUAAUUAUGCCCUCUCUAGAGUGGUCAAUUAAAUAAACAUACAGCUAAUUGAAUGCAAAAUAAAGGAAGGUAGAUGAUUUUUUCAAUAAUUUGAAAAGCUAGAUAUUUCUUGAUCAAGUAGAAUACACUACCAACUUAGCUCAAUAGCAUGCUUGUCCAACAUGCAAUCCAGAAAAAAUUAACUAUGGCCCUGAAAUGCAUUACCCGUUUAUCAGAGGGCUGACAAAUAAAGAAGUAAAUAAGAGUUUCCUUGAAUAAAAAAUGGCUUAGAAUAUUCUUGAGCAUGUCAAGUAGUUUAAAAAGCCUUAGGAAUCAUACAGAGUUUUGGCUUUCUUAGACAAUGAAUACUGCAACAUGUUUAACAUAGCUAAAUACUUGCUUACUGAACAUCAUCAGAUUAAAUAAAGUAAAGAAGCAGUUGAAGGCUAAAUAAAUUUAGAUUAAACUACAAAUAGCAAUGAUUUUAGUAAAUAAUAAGAAGCUGACGGAAACUCUAAAAAUGAGGAGAAAGAAAUUAGUAUUGAAGAUUACAUAAAGCUAAGUUUCUUAUUUGAAGGUCAUACUCAUGACAAGAUUAUCCAGGAUAAUUAAGAACUGGCAAAGAAGAUAUGGGAAAAAUUAACAAAUAAAAAAAUAUUUGAUAAGGUGCCAGAUCACAAAUACGACUACAAAUGCUUCCCCAUAAACCUCUUUCAAUCUAAUUAAUUCUAAUUUUGA